AACAAUAUAAAACUCUAAAUCAAAAUCAAUGGUUGGUUUGUUUGUUUGUUUGUUUGUAUAAAUUUUGAUUGCAGUUCCCAACUUGAGAUCUGUUGUUUCGUUUCAUAAUCGUAAUCGUAAUGGCCACCUGCUCUGCUCCUUUGUCUCUCUCCUUCUCUGGCGGAUCUCAUCUUCAUCCCAAUCUCAAGGCUGCUGCCCCCAUUAACUCCGUUUCACUCGGCAAAUCACUUCAAACCAAAUCCAAUCGAUUCAGAACCAACCGCAAUUUCACUGUUCGUUCAGAGUACCGCGAUGAUGGUAAUAGAGGCGGCGGCGGCGGUGGUGAUUUUGUCGCUGGCUUUCUUCUGGGAGGCGCUGUGUUUGGCACCUUGGCUUACGUAUUCGCUCCACAGAUUCGAAGAUCUCUUCUUAAUGAAGAUGAAUAUGGGUUUCGAAAGGCCAGGAAACCAAUUUAUUACGAUGAAGGCUUAGAAAGAACCAGACAGACUUUAAAUGAAAAGAUCAGUCAGCUCAACUCGGCCAUCGACAAUGUGUCUUCGCGUCUCAGAGGUGGAAAUAAUUCUCCCCCCCAAGUGCCUGUUGAAACUGAUCCCGAAGUCGAGGCUACCAUAUGAGACAGGUUUUCGUCUGCUUUGUGGGGUCAAGAAACAAUGAUUGGGCAGCAGAAUCUGAAUGGUUGAAGAUCACAUGUAUGGAUGUGUGGUUCAGUGGUCCUGCCUUAAUUUUGCUUGAACUUGGUCUCAUUGUCAAGUAUAGUUGAACCUACCAUGAUAAGCUUUUGACUUUUGGAUUUCAAAUUCCAUUAGAUUAUAGUUCUUGUGGCCUCAGGUCUGUCUCACAGUGGUGCAUUUGGUGAUUGAGUUUAUUUUAUUUUGUGUUCAUUCUUACUUUUUCCCAAGCAUUUGUACUUGACUUCUAUGCCAUUAACAUGUGCAUAUAUAGACCAUUUCGACCAAA